AGUUCUCCCAGUGCCAUGUUCCUGGUGAAGGGGCUGCUGAGCGGGGGCGGUGGGGGAGGGGCGGGGGGGGGGGGUCUCCCGGGGGGCAUCGGCUCCGUCCUGGGGGGGCUCCUGAGUGGGGGAGGGGCCGGGGGCGGCGCCGGGGGGGCCAUGGGGGUCCUGGGGGGCGUCAUCAGCGCCAUCAGCGAAGCCGCCGCUCACUACAACCCCGAGCCCCCCCCCCCCCGGGCUCACGUCUCCACCGUCGACGCCAACGAGAGCGAGGAGGUUCGGCAGUUCCGGCGCCUCUUCACCCAGCUGGCCGGGGAGGACAUGGAGGUGAGCCCCACCGAGCUCAUGAACAUCCUCAACAGGGUCGUCACCCGCCAUCCCGACCUGAAGACGGACGGCUUCGGGCUGGACACCUGCCGGAGCAUGGUGGCCGUCAUGGACAGCGACACCACCGGGAAAUUGGGGUUUGAGGAGUUCAAAUACCUCUGGAACAACAUCAAGAAGUGGCAGUGCGUGUACAAACAAUUCGACACCGAUCGCUCGGGGACCAUCGGACCCCAGGAGCUGCCGGGGGCCUUCGAGGCCGCAGGGUUCCGGCUGCCCCCCCCGCUCUGGGGGGUUUGGCGUCGUUACGGGGACGAGGGGGGGAACCUGGACUUCGACAACUUCAUCAGCUGCCUCGUGCGCCUGGACGCCAUGUUCCGUGCCUUCAAAUCCCUGGACCGGGACGGGACGGGGCAGAUCCGGGUCAGCCUCCAGGAGUGGCUCCAGCUCACCAUGUACUCGUGAGGGGACCCCCGGAUCCCACCCAGGACCCCCCAAAAUCCCCCCCGGACACUUCAGGACCCCCCAAAACCCCCCCCGGACCCCCC